GUCUUGUUUGAGUAGACAGAUGUUGGGCAGAGUGAACCCUCUCGCUUAGCGUCUUCCUCUCUGUCGCGAAUCAGCUGAUCAGGAACUCACCAAACUGUAGUAAACGUGACAGUACGAUGGGAAUUGGCUAUAUCUAAUCGAGUUUUGCAAUGUUUGGGAUGUUAAGAACAUCACGAACACCCUCUGUAUUCUUCGUUUUUUGUAAUUCAGUCAUGCUCUGUGUCGACAACUAAUAGAUUCGUAGACAAAAGAAAACGGUGUUGAGCAUUGAGGUGCCAGCCAGCGCAGUGCAGGAAUGGAUCCUCUGGGAGCACGCUCUCAGUUUGUGGAGGUCCAGACUCUGUCCACCUGGGAGUGGCAGCCGGACCCUGAGGGAGAGGAGAAGGAGUACAACUUCAGCCAGCAGGCCUUCCUAUCCCCCUUCCCCUACAGAGAGGACAUCAACAGGAAAAUAGUGCUCUAUAAUGGCAAUGUUGCCCUGCUGAACUGCACAGCGAUCGUAAACACGAGUAAUGAGACUCUGACGGACAAGAACCCUAUCUCUGAGAGUAUCCACACCUACGCUGGGCCUGAACUUCGAGACGAGAUGCUCAAACUGAAAGGAUGUCGGACAGGCGAGGCAAAGAUGACCAAAGGCUUUAACCUGGCGGCGCGCUUUAUCAUCCACACGGUGGGCCCCAAGUACAAAACCAAGUACAGGACGGCUGCUGAGAACUCUCUGUACAACUGCUAUAGGAACGUCAUGCAGCUCGCCAAAGAGCAGGCUAUGGCAUCUGUGGCCGUCUGUGUGGUCAGCACAACUAAGAGAGGAUACCCACUGGAGGACGCCACACACAUUGCCCUCAGAACGGUCCGCAGGUUUCUGGAGAACUAUGGAGAGAGCAUAGAGACGGUGGUGUUCGCUGUGACAGACACAGAAGAGCCCACAUACAGGAAACUGCUGCCUCUCUACUACCCUCGUUCUGAGGAAGAGGAGCGUGCCAGCCUGCCCCUAAUCCCGACUGACGUUGGGAACUCUGAAGGUGAGCCUGUAGUCCCAGAGAGACAGAUCCGCAUCGCCGAGAAACCAGGCUGUCUGGAAGUUGACUCUGAGGCGGAGACUCUCGACUCAGACCUGGGCCAGGUGGGGACUCAUGCGUUUUCCCGGAUGGAGGGAGACGUGGACAAACAGCGCAAACUAAUCCUGCAGGGCCAGCUGUCUGAUGCAACCAUGCAGAAACAGCACCAGAGAAAUUAUAACCGCUGGUUAUGUCGAGCCAGAGCAGAGGACUUGUCUGACAUAGCAGCACUGAAAGCCUUAUAUCAAACUGGUGUUGACAUGUGUGGCAGGACAGUGAUGGUUCUUGUGGGCAGAAAUAUUCCUGUCACCCUCAUCGACAUGGAAAAGGCCCUGCUGUACUUCAUCCAUGUCAUGGACCACAUCACAGUGAAGGAGUAUGUGAUGGUUUACUUUCACACUCUGACCGGAGAACACAACCAUCUGGACUCUGAAUUCCUUAAGAAACUUCAUGAGAUUGUAGACACGAAGUUUAAGAAUAACUUGAGGGCUUUCUACUUUGUACACCCCUCUUUUCGCUCUAAGGUGUCCACCUGGUUCUUCACUACAUUCAGUGUGUCAGGGAUGAAGCAGAAGGUCCAUCAUGUAGAGACCCUCCAGCAGCUGUUCACCUGUAUCCUGCCUGAACAGAUAGACAUCCCUCCCUUUGUCCUGGAGUACGAUGCACGGGUGUGAACCAAUCAGAACUCCAGCAGAGAGAGAGAAAAGCCAAGGACUCUGAGGGUGUUUCUCAAAAUGCAUACUUCCAUAUUCCACGCAAAUAGGCGCACGGGAGGGUUGAAGUAUGAGUCCAAAUCAAAGUAUGCGAAACAGCACCGAAGGCACUUCUUGAAUGCACACUCCGUUUUGGACAUAUUUUGAAGUAUGCAUUGAUGCUUGCUUCAAUGGAAAGUAUUAAGGAAAUAUGAUGCAACAACGUUAGAAAUGAUGGAGAAUUUCCUGAAAUCAUUGGUGGCCAUUAUUUUAGCUGAAGCAGAGUAAAUACACUCUGACAUGUUGCCUAUUCACAUCUCAAAUGUUUCCUGACUACAAUACUUUAUCAUUAUAUGUUAAUAAAUACAUGCUGUGUUCA